UCAGCCAUGUCCAAUGCGACCAUGCUGCCCCUCCCUCCUCUUCCCACAUACACCUUGACCCCUCUACAGCCCCUACUCUCCUGGAUCCCCGACCUCUACCUCGCCCUGGUCCUUCCCGUAGCCGCUUACUGGAUCGUUUCCUUCAUCUUCCACUUCAUUGACGAGUACGACCUAUUUCCCCAAUACCGCCUACACACCCCUGCCGAGGUCCUCAAGCGUAAUCACGUCUCACGAUGGGAUGUUUUCCGCGACGUCAUCAUUCAACAGAUUGUCCAGACAGCUGUUGGUCUUGCCAUAACCAUCAUCGAGCCGGAGGCUACAGUCGGCCAGGAUGAUUACAACGUCGCUGUGUGGGCCCAGAGAAUCCGUAUUGCUCAGCGAGCAAUUCCCGCUGUGCUUGCCUUUACUGGUCUUGACGCCGGCACCAUCGCAUCCAAGCAGGCCCUUGCCCACCCAAUCCUCUCUGCCGCCUUGCAAGGCGGUAGCUACAAUCUCUACCAGCAAGCCGCCUCAGGCGACCUCGUCCCUGCAUUCGCCUCAUGGGAGCUCGCACUUGCAAGGGCCAUCUACUGGAUCGGUAUUCCCGCUUUGCAGUUCACCUUUGCCGUCCUUGUCGUCGACACAUGGCAGUACUUCUGGCACAGAGCCAUGCACAUGAACAAAUGGCUCUACACAACCUUCCACUCCCGUCACCACCGUCUUUACGUCCCUUACGCCUAUGGCGCUCUAUACAACCACCCCUUCGAGGGCUUCCUCCUGGACACGCUGGGUACCGGUAUCGCCUACAUGCUCGCUGGUAUGACUUGCAGACAAUCCAUGUGGUUCUUUACUUGCAGCACUAUCAAGACCGUCGACGACCAUUGCGGCUACGCUCUUCCAUGGGAUCCUCUCCAGCACAUUACUAGCAACAACGCCGGCUACCACGACAUUCACCACCAAAGCUGGGGCAUCAAGACCAACUUCAGCCAGCCGUUCUUCACCUUCUGGGACGGUCUUCUCGGCACCAAAUGGGUCGGCGGCGAUGUCUCUGCUCGCUACGAAAGGUCCAGAAUCGCCGCCCAGAAGAAACUCGAUCAAGACAAUGUUUCUCACUCC